CGCGGGUUCCGAUUCGAAAGCAUGCGCAGAGCGAAGUGUUUCCGUCCAUAGUGACUUCGAACAUUGCUUGGCUGACUUUGGUUGAGUGUAGAAUUCAAGUGUCUCAAGCAGCCACUUCACAGGAGUGGCGCGAGAAGACAAGAGGCGAAGAAAACGGAAUGCUCGCUAACUCUGCAACACCAUUCUCCGUCAAAGACAUCCUUAACCUCACAGACCAAGUGGUUGAUGGGUUCGAUCCUCAAGCGCUACUCUAUCAAGCGCAAGGACUGUUAGACGAAACGAGUCUUGCUCCAGAUCACUGCUCAGGUCUCGAUUCCUCGCUGGAAUUUGACGGCUUCUGCGCCUUUCAAGAUGCGUCAGCCGGACAGGCUGUGGGUUUUCAGCACAACCACGGCCAGAAUCUGUCAUAUUUGUCCAUUUCGUACCAACCAGGACGGUACGAGCCUUCGCCUCCGGGGAAUUGCAGUGACGGCUUUGCAGUGUCAGCCAGUAGGCAAGGCGAUGUCACAGUUGCGUUUCACUGUCAGCAACAGCAACAACAACAACAGCACUCCAUCUCCUCUACUUUUAGUAUUACAGAACACAGUUCUGCUCAUGGAUUUGGAAAGAAAGUGUCGCAUACAAAGGACAACCUGAAGCAGAGGAACCGGAAAAAACCGCGCGUGCUUUUUUCUCAGUCUCAAGUGUAUGAACUUGAGAGACGGUUCAAGGAGCAGAAAUAUCUGUCUGCGUCUGAAAGGGAUCAUCUGGCCAGCGCAUUGAAGCUUACUUCAACUCAAGUCAAGAUCUGGUUUCAAAACCGUCGCUACAAGUGCAAGCGCCAGAGACAGGACAAGUCCCUUGAACUAGUAACGUCCAACCCUCGAAGAGUGGCAGUGCCUGUGCUUGUGCGCGACGGGAAGCCAGCUAGUACUUUUCCAACAUCAGCAUCUUACCCAUACUAUGGAGGACUACAUAGUGGACUUACGGGAGCACGCCCACAACCAGAUCCUUCCUCCAGCGCCUUAGUGCAGCAAGUGUACUCUCCUUUCCUUGCAUCACCUACAGGUCCCAUGAAGUCGUGGUGAUGAACUCGUUACGUGAACACUGUAAGCCUGCAGCAGAACCUAUGUUGCGUGGACUAAUCCCGGUAGGCUUCACUGACGCCUCCAAGGUAUGGACGAUGAUUUGGACAGGCGCUGUGGCAAGAACGGUAAAACUGUCGGCCUGAGGAAACACGGUGACGUACAAUUAGCCACAAAUAGCAAGGUAGCAUCCAGUACUGUGGUACCCCAUUGGCAACGAAAGGUAACAAGGCAAUGGUAUGUAGAAAACACAGUAUGAAUGUAGCGAGGAAUAAAGGAAGAGUGUAUGGCUUUCAA